AAGCAAGAAAGAAAGUUCGUGGCAGGUUCUUGGAAGUGGGAAGUGGCUUUGGAAUUCACUAGUUUUUUUCCUGCAACUACCUUUAUAUACUUAACGUUUCUCCAUGACUCCCAACAAACGAUCAAAAAAAACCUUGUUAAUAUAAACUCCCAACAACCCAUCUCGAAAUUCCUACCGUAUCUUCCUCUAUAUUUGUCUCUUCAAUUUCCAUUUAUUCUAAACUCAGAGAAGAUCUAGCAAUCAUGUCACACCAUGAUAAAAACAGCUUAUUCCAUCCUCAGAAUGAUCAACAACUACACAAUCAAACAACCUCCCGCUACUCUACUUUUCCAUCUGGGUUUGGAGUUGGAGAUCAUGAGGUUUUGUGUCCUCAAUCUUUGGCUUAUGUUGAAAAUUUCUUUCGCCCGCUUAUACGAGAGGAGGUGGAGGACAAGGUUAAGGCUCACAAUAACCUGAUCACCUGCCAAUCAUGUUCUAAUUCAAGUACCCGUCUAAAAGACGUUGCUGAAGAUGAUACAGUUAUAGUUGGUGGUGGUGGAUUUGGAAAGACGAAUAAUCUAAAGUUACGUUUCAUGAACAAGAUUCCGUCCACCAUCUUCACCACCAAUGACAUCGAGGCCGAGAACGGGGAGGAACUGCAAGUUGGACUAUUUGAUAUUGCCGCCAAUUAUUACAUCGUUGAUGCCACACAUCCUUUGUCAUCGGUGUUGAUUGAGGUCGUCGUCCUCGAUGGAGAAUUCGAUGACGAGGAGGUGAUAACUCUCUCAGAUUUUUACAAAAGUGUUGUGUCUCAAAGGCUGGGAGAACGACCUUUGUUGGUUGGUGAUGGGAAAAGGUUUCGCUUGAAAAAUGGAGUUUCUUCCAUCACCAAUGUGUUCUUCACUAGAAAUUCAAGCAGGACACGGACUAAGAACAUUCGUUUGGGAUUAAGAGUUAUACAUGACUCCAACGACAACUGCCCCACAAUUCAACACGCUGUGUCUAACCCUUUUAGAGUGAAAGAUCACCGAGUCCAACUGAACAAGAAACACCACCCUCCGAGAGGAGAAGACGAAGUAUGGAGAUUGGAAGGGAUCGGGCGAAAUGGCGAAUAUCACAAGCGCUUAUCUUCCGAAGGUAUCCUAACCGUGGAUAGUUUUGUGAAGGCUCAUCAAAGGGACUAUCGUUCUCUAAGAAAGUUGCUAGGUAAUAGACUUUCAGACAAGAAGUGGAAGGCAAUGGUGAAUCAUGCUUUGGAAUAUGUUCCUACCAUCAUCCCCACUUCUGAUCCAACUAGCUUUGAGCAGCAAAAUUUGGUGCAAAAUGAAGCCAUGGAAGGUGUAGAAGUUGGCAACCAAAACACUGAUGCAAGUAAUCUUGGUGAUGGGUUCCAAGAUCAGACAUUAUUGGCCAAUUUUCAACAGUUAUUCUAUAAUCACAUAUUUCAAGAUCAUAACCCAACACAAACAUUGUUGUCACAUGGAGAAGCUUCAACCUCAAAUGCCCACAAUCAUUAUGUUGAAAAUACAAGCACAUGCAAUCAAUACUUCCAAGGAGCUGCUUGGAACAAGUUGGUGCCCAAUCCCAAAUGAUCCAAAUGAAGGGUCAUAAAAUUCAAACAAAUAUAUUACCAUCACCAUAGGAUCAUCUAUGAGCUAUCUUAAAAAUUAAAAAAGAAAAAAAAGUGAGAAGAUGUUUAUAAAGACUAAAUCUUUGUUAUCUUUUAUGUUAUUUUCUUAUUUUGUGUUCUAAGAAUGUGUUCUUUGUCGUUUAAUUAUGUACUUAUGUUUUUUCUAUUCAAAAUUAUAAACAUUUAAUUCGACGGAAUUUUAA